AUGGUUGCAGCCCUGAACAGAGCUCUUUCGUUCCUGGUUGCUCCAUGGCUUUUGGGCGCAUCUAGACUUCCGAUGCCUGACGCCUUGGCUGCCAGGCACCUCGGUUACUAUGGGACUUUUGCUGUGUUUCUCUGCCUCAGAGUGGCUAGCUCACGACUCUGA